AUGACUUUGAAUGAUCCUGUAAUCCUGUCACUUCUUGACACUGAUCUUUACAAGUUGACGAUGCAUGCAGCAGUGCAUAUGCAUUUCCCAAGCAUCCAGGUAUCUUAUAAGUAUAAUAAUAGAACGGAAAAUUUCAGGUUUAAUAAGGAAGCAAUUCUUUGGUUAGAGAAGCAAUUCGGUGCUAUGGGUCAUUUACGUUUUUCUCUUGAUGAAAUCGAAUAUUUGAAAAACGAGGUUCCAUAUCUUCCAGAUAGUUACUGGCAAUAUAUCUCAAAUAACAACUUCAAAUUGGAUCCGAAGAACGAAGUGAAAUUCCAAUUCAAGUGUAUUGAUGAAGAUGCUGAUCAGUAUGAAUUGGAUAUAACUAUUGAAGGUUUGUGGCAGGAUACGAUACUCUAUGAAAUUCCGAUGUUGGCAUUAAUCUCUGAAGCUUAUUUUAAAUUCGUAGAUACAGAUUGGAACUAUGAUUUGCAGAUCGAAAACGCCUAUAGUAAAGCGGUUACUUUACUGGAAAAUGAUUUGAGCUUUAUUGAAUUUGGCACAAGAAGGAGGAGAUCAAAGAAAACCCACGAUCUUGUUUUGCAAGGUAUUUUAAAAGCGGUGGACGAACGUAAGGACAAAAAGGACCUUUUCCUAGGAACUUCCAAUAUACUGAUGGCCAAGAACUAUGGGUUGCGACCUAUGGGAACUGUAGCGCAUGAAUGGAUAAUGGGUAUUGCAUCUGUGACGAAUGAUUAUAGGCAUGCAAACGAGAAUGCCAUGAACUACUGGAUUAAGACUUUUGGAUGGGAUCAUGUAGGCUUUGCUCUAACGGACACCUUCGGCACAGAUAACUUCUUAAAGAGCUUUCUACCUCCUUACUCUGACGUUUAUCUUGGUGUCAGACAAGAUUCAGGCGAUCCGAUAGAAUUUACUGAAAAGAUCUCCAACCACUACCUCAACGUCUUGAAUUGUCCAUUAUAUUCAAAGACUAUAUGCUAUUCUGAUUCUCUAGAUGUUGAAAAGGCGCUACGAUACUCAAAAGCAGCAAAACUAAAUGGUAUGGCAUCUUGUUUUGGAAUUGGUACAAACUUUACAAAUGAUUUUACUGUAAAAUCCGCUCCCGACGUCAAGAGUCAACCACUAAACAUCGUUAUCAAGUUAUUCAAAGCAAACGGUAACCCUGCCGUCAAGUUAUCUGACAAUCACGGUAAGAAUAUGGGAGACCCCGAUAAACUUCGCGAAGUUAAGGCACUACUCGGUUAUAGAGAGAGUUCUUGGGAAGAAGUCGAUGAAUCUAAUAGAUGGUGA